AUGGCUACCCAAGAGACGGACUCGAACGCUGUGUUGUUCGAGCAUGACGCCGAGACCAAAGAUCUGGCCCUGGCGAAAAUGCCGGUCCAGCAAGCCAAGGACACCAAGUGGGACUACAGAUACGUAUGGCAUAUCGUUGCCUACCUCCUGAUGCUGUACCCAGCGGGGCUGUACGGAGGAUAUCUUUUCCUGGUAUCAGCGAAAUGGCAAACGAACAUUUUUACUUGUGUCUUGUAUGUGGCGUCAAUACUGGGUGUUACAGCGGGUGCCCACAGGCUCUGGAGCCACCGGUCUUAUAAAGCUAAAUGGCCUCUACAACUCAUCCUCAUGAUCUUCCAGACUAGUUCACUUCAGUACUCGGCGAUCAAUUGGGCACGAGACCACCGCAUGCACCACAAGUACGUGGACACGGACGCCGACCCGCACAACGCCACGCGCGGCUUGUUCUUCUCCCACGUCGGUUGGCUCAUGACAGACAAACACCCCGAGUUCGAGCGCAAGAGCAGCGCGCUGGAUCUCCAGGACCUCGAAGCUAACCCCAUACUGCGCUUCCAGCAAAAGUAUUACGUAAUCCUGGUCGCACUGAUUUGUAUCAUCCUCCCCACGGUUACCCCGGUCUACUUCUGGAAUGAGAACUGGGCAAAUGCUUUCUUCGUGACAGUUUGGUUCCAACACGUUUUCUCAUUCAACGCAACAGGCUUUGUCAACUCCGCUCUCCAUAAAUGGGGGUACAAACCCUACGACAAGCACAUGCUAGCAACAGAUAUGAGGACAUUAUCUCUGAUGAUGCUAGGAGAAAGCUUUCAUAAUUACCACCAUGCUUUUCCCUGGGAUUACAAAACGGCAGAAUUCGGCGGCUCCAUUUGUAAUUUGACUACUAUAUUUAUAGAUUUCUGUGCAAAAAUUGGCUGGGCCUACGACUUAAAGACAGUCUCUGAGGAGAUCAUUCAGAAGCGUGUCACCCGAACAGGAGACGGCUCUCACCAUUUAUGGGGGUGGGGUGACAAGGACCUGCCUAAAGAAGAGGCUGAUUUAGCAAUCAGAAUAAAUCCUAAAGAUGAAUAA